AUGACUUCGUUGGUGCGGCCCACGACAUCUCGCGCGCUGCAUCUGCGCAUCCUGCCACGCCCGUCAAAUCUGGGCGAAUCGCGCGAGAUCCUGCGCUUGCUCUCGCAAUUUGGGGAGAUUGAAUAUUUCAAGAACCUCAAAUACGAUGCCCUGUCGGCGCCCAACACAUCAUUGGUGAUAUUCAAGGAGGAAAGUGCGGCGGCAGCAUGUGCUCACAAAAGUCCCAUCCGGUUUCGAAUGGGUAAGGCGCCUGUCGGCGAACAGAACUCACCUCCGCCUCCGCCUCCUGCUYCUGCUCCUCUCCGUGCUUCCACCACGUCCGAUAGCACGCCGCGAGGCCCGUCCGGAGCACCUUUUGGUGGGAUCCAAAGCCGAGCCAUGUCCACCAAUGCAGAUGCCCUCCCAUCUCCUCCUCAACGGCCGACGCAGACGCCCUUUCAGCCUCCGCCGCUGCCAAUCUUGGAAUCGCGAAUCUAUCAGAUCGAGUCCAAUUAUGCGCGAGCCCAUUUCCGUGAUCAGAUCAAUGUAGGUCACUAUCAUGGAAAUUUCGCGCUGGACACCAAGGCUAUCCCGCAGAAGGAGCUGAUGAAGACGGUGCCCAUUCCUGGGUUGAGCUGUGUGAAUUGGAGGCGCGAGGAUCGUGUGUGGAGGACUGUGCGCAAGGAAAGAGAACGCGAWGCAACUGGUCCCCAGAGGAGGAAGACGUUGAAGGAGAUCUAUGAGGAGGGCGCGACUUUGUGA